CACCUCCUUUAAACUUAUUAUUUUCUUUCUUUUCGAUAGUGUUGUUUUACUCACUACAAAAAAUAAAAGGUUCCCACAAAUUUUUGUACUCGCAAAUUUACAAGUUACAACCAAUCACUAGCUCCCAAAAAAAAUAUUUUUCAACUUCUUCAAAAUUCAGAGCUCAUAAAGUUUAAUUCUUUAAUUUAUUUAGUGCAAAAAACUAUCUUCAACACGGAUUACUUUCCUUAAAUUGUCCUCCAAUUUUCAGCUUUAUCUCAUUGAAAAAUCUCCAAAAAUCUUAUCUUUCCUACCUAUCUGUAGUAUUUCUGAUUUGAUUUGCAUUUUCACGAUUUAUUACCAUUUUCAGGUGUUAAAAGUUUGUAUUUUUUAAAUAAUAUAAGGGAUUAUUACCCUAAUACAUCCUUUGUCUGUGUAUAUAAAUAUCACUCAUUUGAUUGUUAGUAUAGUUUGUAUUGUAGUAAAACAGUGUUAUAAAAUUAUCCUCUGCUUCAGUUCAGUUCGUUAAGAUCUGCUUGAAAGAAGCUUUUGUUGUUUUCUGCUUAUCUUUUACUUGGUUGAUUGUUCAUCAUUUUCUUGCAGAAAAUGGGAUGUUUUUCUUGCCUGUUUUCCCCUAAAAAGAUUAUCAAAAUCGAAGAUACUGAUCGAGCUCGAUCUGCUUCUCGUACUUCAGUGGAUAAACAGAGAAAGGAUUGUUUGGAUGAGCAUGGAAAUGGUUGUGGUGAUGCAAAUGUAGGAGUUGCUAGAGUAAGUGACAAGGAUGCUCGGUCGAAAAGUCCUGCAAAAGCCUUCACAUAUCGCGAACUUUGUAUCGCAACUGGAAUGUUCAAUGGUGCUAAUAAGAUUGGUGAAGGUGGUUUUGGGAAGGUUUUCAAGGGAAGGUUGGAGACUGGGGAGAUUGUUGCAAUCAAACAAUUGAAUCAUGAAGGAGUCCAAGGAAGUCAGGAAUUUAUCAUUGAAGUUCUCAUGCUUAGCCUUCUUCACCACACCAAUCUUAUGGGCUUAAAAGGCUAUUGCACUGAUGGUGAUGAAAAACUCUUAGUUUAUGAGUACAUGCCUAAGGGUAGCUUGGAGGACCACUUAUUUGACCUGAGUCCUGAGAAGGUUCCCUUGGACUGGAACACUCGCAUCAAAAUUGCUGUUGAUACAGCAAGGGGUCUGGAGUAUCUUCAUUGCAAAGCCAAUCCACCUGUCAUCUUCCGGGACUUGAAACCUGCAAAUAUAUUACUGGACAAUGACUUCCAUGCAAGACUCUCAGACUUUGGGCUGGCCAAGUUGGGACCUGUUGGUGACAAGACCCAUGUCUCUACCCGUGUGAUGGGAACUUAUGGAUAUUGUGCACCCGAAUAUGCCAUGAGUGGCAAACUGACUGUAAAAUCUGAUAUCUAUAGCUUGGGUGUUGUUCUACUGGAAAUUAUCACUGGGCGCAAGGCAAUCGACCCAAAUAGGAGUCGUGCAGAGCAAAACUUAAUUAAUUGGUCACGCCCCUAUUUCAAGGAUCGGAGGAAAUUUGGCCAGUUAGCUGACCCAGCAAUGCAGGGUCGAUAUCCUUUACGCUGUCUCCAUCACGCCAUUGCUAUAACGGCCAUGUGUCUCCAGGAGCAGCCCGCUUACCGACCCCUCAUCAGCGAUGUGCUUGUGGCGCUUGAAUACUUGGCUUCACAACCUUACAAUCCCGAAGCUGCUGGUUCUGGAAACCAUAGCCCUUCACCGUCACAACGAGAUCGAAGCAGAUACUAGAGAAAAGUCGGUGACAUCCAAUUUAAACUUAAUUGUACAAAGUGGUGAGAGUGAAAGAAAGUUAUAUUACAUAUCUAAACAUAGCAUAUAUGCUUGGUUAUCUAGGUCAGAGAAAAUAAGAUGGUAGAAAUGGUUCAGGAGUCAUCAGAUGUUGUAUAGAGAUGUCCAUAUUGGAUUGUUGUGAUUUGUUUAAGGUUCCAUUUUUUAUCAGUACUUUGUUGCUGCCAAUAGAAAAAAAAAGGAUGAUCAAAUUAGAUCGAGUUAGAGAGUGAGUUAGAGGGAGAGUUAGAGAGAGAUAGAGAGAGAGCUUUAGCAAAUUUUUAGUUUGCACAUUUUUUUAUCAGUACUUUGUUAAAAGCUUGUUCUUUUAGCUCUUAGAUUGAAAUGAAACGCUUAUGUUAUAAUGUUGGGUAUUAUUUGGUUCUUUUUGUUCUUUA